CACCUCAGCACACAGCAGACUCGCUGAUGACCAGACAACAUUAACCAGCCUCAUCCAACACCAGGAUCAUGUUACCCUGCUCCAAAUGUACCUUUAUCCUCUGUCUCCUGCAAGUCAUCUGCACCACCGCUGACAUAGACACCAGUGCCUUUGUGAUUUACAAUGAGAACCACAAUAAGUGUGUGAAGGUGGAGAGUGCCACCUCAAUUACAGUGGCUCCAUGUAAUCCUCAUGCCAAAGAGCAGCAGUUCCGAUGGGCGUCGCAGUAUCGUGUUCUCAGCCUGUCCCUCAAGCUCUGCCUGGGGGCGACGGAGAUCAAAGACUGGGUCAAGGUGGUCCUCUACGAAUGUGAUGAGAAGAGUGACCUGCAGCACUGGGAGUGCAAGAACGAGACUCUGUUUGGUCUAAAAGGCCAAGAUCUACAUUUCAACUGGGGCAACCGCAAUGAGCGGAACAUAAUGAUCUACAAAGGGUCAGGUCUAUGGAGUCGCUGGAGGAUAUUUGGCACUAUGGGUGACCUUUGCUCCAAGGGUUAUCAAGAUGUUUUCACGAUAGGGGGCAAUGCAUUUGGAGCCCCCUGUCAGUUCCCAUUUAAGUUCCUUACAAAGUGGUAUGCAGAAUGCACAACGGACGGCCGCUCAGACGGACAGCUAUGGUGUGCCACAGAGACGGAUUAUAAUAAGGACAACAAGUGGGGCUAUUGUCCAACCAAAUCGUCCUCAGGCUGGGACACCAACCCAGUCACUGGAGUUCAGUAUCAGAGGAACGGACAGUCAGUGUUGACCUGGUACCAGGCCCGGAGGAGCUGUCAGCAGCAAGGAGGCGACCUCCUCAGCAUCAUAGAGCUCCAUGAGCAGUCGUACAUUUCAGGAUUGACCAAUACUCUGGGAACGUCUCUGUGGAUCGGACUGAACAGCUUGGAUUUUGAUAGUGGAUGGCAGUGGAGCAAUGGAAACCCAUUCAGAUAUCUAAACUGGGCACCAGGUCAACCUUCAUCAGAGCCCGGGACGAACUGUGUAUCCCUAAACGCAGGAAAAGCCUCCAAAUGGGAGAGCAGUGCCUGCACCAGGAAACACGGUUACAUCUGUCGAAAAGGGAACCAGUCCACCUCCAGCCUUCCUCCUCCUCCAACAGGUCUAACACAGCCCAUCGUCUGCCCCAAUCACUGGGUUCCCUACGCAGGAAACUGUUACUACCUGGUGAGAACUAAACUCUUCUGGAAGGACGCUUUGGAGGCCUGUCACAAAGAGGGAGGUGAUCUGGCCAGCAUCCACAACAUAGAAGAGCAGAGCUUCAUCAUCUCACAAAUUGGAUACUUGGCGACAGAUGUGCUUUGGAUCGGCCUGAACGAUCAGAAGACCCAGUUACUGUUCGAAUGGUCAGAUCACUCCCAUGUGACCUUCACCCACUGGCACGCCGACGAACCGUCCCACGCCACCAACCACCAGGAGGACUGUGUGCUCAUCAAAGGAAAGGAGGGAAAGUGGGCUGAUAACAUGUGUGAGAAGGCGUAUGGAUACAUCUGUAAGAAGAGGGGCUCCACCAGACCAGCUGACGGGACCCACGAGGAGGUCAACCCAGGAUGCAAACGAGGCUCCGUCAGGUUCGGCUCACUCUGUUACAGCAUUGGAGCUGAGACUAAAACUUUUGAGGAUGCUAAAAGUGCAUGUUCACAGGAUGGAGCCCACCUCCUGGACGUAUCUGACAGAUAUGAGAAUGCCUUCCUGGUCAGUUUAGUGGGUUUGAGACCAGAGUCGUAUUUCUGGACAGGACUUUCCAACACGAGGGAUAGACACACUUUUGAGUGGACCACCAAGAGAAAGGUCACGUUCACUCAUUUCAAUGCCGGCAUGCCAGACAGACAUCAGGGAUGCGUCGCCAUGAAAACUGGGAUAUAUGCCGGAUUAUGGGAUGUUGUCAGCUGUGACAGAAAGGAAAAGUACAUCUGCAAGAAGUGGGCAGAGGGUGCACAGCCGUCGACAGCCCCCCCGACCACCGCACCCCUGACCUGUGCAUCCGGUUGGAUGGCUGCUGGUCGAACCAACAACUGCUACAAACUCUAUAAAAAGGACAAAUCACUGAGGAAAACAUGGCAAGAGGCGUUGGAUUUCUGCAAAGCCAUUGGUGGGAACCUGAUGAGUGUGCACAGUUAUGACGACCUCAGCAAUGACAUGCUUUACGGCUCUUCUGCGGCGUGGAUCGGCCUCAUUUAUAAGGGCACAACUGAAGGUUUUGUGUGGAGUGAUGAGUCUCCUAUGGACUAUGAUAAUUGGGGUUUUGGAGAACCGAACAACCACAAUGAUAAUGAACACUGUGGAGAAGUCCAAAUAUACUAUGGACGCCACUGGAACGACCGACACUGUGAGUUCUACAAUGACUGGAUCUGCCAGAUACGGAAAGGUGAGACCCCAAAGCCUGAGCCUGUAGUGGUGGCACCAGUGUACAACAAAACAGAAGAUGGCUGGUUCAUAUACAAUGAGUCGCAGUAUUACAUCAACAAUGAAAAACAACCAAUGGAAUCUGCCAGAGAUUUCUGCAAGAAGAACUUUGGUGACCUCGCCGUCAUCACAGCCGACAGCGAGAGGAGGUUCCUCUGGAAACUGAUAGUUAAAGGCUCAGAAAGCCAAUACUACAUCGGCAUGACAGUGAAUUUGGAUAAGUCCUUCAGCUGGGUGGACGGUACUCCGAUGACUUACACCGCAUGGGAAAAGAAUGAACCCAACUUUGCGAACAAUGAUGAAAACUGUGUGACUAUAUAUAGAAAUAUGGGCUAUUGGAAUGAUAUAAACUGUGGUUUGGAGUUGCCUUCUAUUUGCAAAAGAAGCAGUUCUUUUGUCAACACAACAAUGGCUCCCACUACUCUUCCUAAGGGAGGAUGUGCCCCAGAGUGGAUGGCCUUCCAUGGAAAGUGCUACAAAAUCGUUACGGGGUCAAACAAAAAGACCUGGCACAACGCAAGGGACUACUGCAAAGACCAGGGAGGAAAUUUAGUCUCUAUCCUCAACGAAAGAGAACAAGCCUUCCUAACAACACAGAUGAUUAAAUACAAUGAAGAUUUAUGGAUCGGUAUGAAUGAUGUCAACUGGGAGAUGCGCUUUGUCUGGACGGAUGGUAAAGGCAUUAAAUACACCAACUGGGCUAAAGGGCACCCAGCGUCAGUGCCAGAUGGACGUUACGCAUUCUCAGAUGAGUACGACUGUGUCAUUAUCCAGGGAAGCCCCUCCAAAUCAGUAGGGUUCUGGAAGGUGGAAGACUGUAACAUGGAUCGUGGUUUCAUCUGCAAAAGAAACGUCGAUUCUCAGAUUGUAGUCGCACCAACAACGAUUCAACCAAAGACAUUCUACAAGCUCGGCAACGACUCGUAUAAACUGGUGGCUCAGAAGAUGAAAUGGGAUGAGGCUCGGAGACAGUGCCAAGCCGACGACGCAGACCUGGCCAGUAUCUUGAACCCCAUUGCCUAUUCGUACAUCAGUUUGCAUAUUUCCAAGCACAAAGAACCGGUGUGGAUCGGCCUCAACAACAAUGUGACCGGUGGGCAGUUCAAGUGGGUCGAUAACUGGCGUAUGUCUUACACCAAAUGGGGAGUGGACGAGCCUAAAAACAACUACGGCUGUGUGUACAUGGACGUAGACAUGACUUGGAAGACAGCAACGUGUUCAAACAGCUAUUUCUCCAUUUGCAAGAAGUCACCAGUCAUGGCACCCACUGAGCCCCCACAGCUUCCUGGCAGCUGUCCAGACGCAAAGAAGCGAAAAACCUGGAUACCUUUCAGAGGUCACUGUUAUGCAUUCAUCAACUCAAUGGUGAACAACUGGGCCCAUGCAUCUGUGGAAUGUCUCAAAAUGGGUGCAGCUUUGGUGAGUAUCGAGGACCCCCACGAGGGUCUCUUCAUACAACAGACCCUGGAGCUUCUACAGGACAGCGCCAGGUCCUUCUGGAUCGGCCUCUACAAGACCAAUGAAGGAGAGUGGAUGUGGAUUGAUAACAGCGUUAUGGACUACACCAACUGGAAACCAGGGAUGCCAAAGUCAGAUUCAUGUGUGGACAUAGACUCUGACAGUGGACAGUGGAGUACAUAUAGUUGCAGUAGAUAUAGAUCUUACAUCUGCAAAAUGCCAAAAGUUGUUACACCUACAGAAAAGCCUCCAGCUGCUGCUCCUGUCAUUGAAGUGCCUACACAUGGGUCUGCUGGUGUCACUGUUGCAGUAAUACUUGUAGUAAUUGCUCUGGCAGGACUCGGCGCCUUCUUCUUUUUCCGCAAUCGGGUACCCAUGCCCACCCUGGGAGAAUCCACUUUUGAUAACAAGUUGUACUUUAACAAUCCAAUCCGAGCUCUUGUAGAUACAAAGGGUCUGGUGGCCAACAUAGAGCAGAAUGAACAAGCAUAGAAACACAUGUGAUUAGUGGUAAUCAGCCAUAUGAGUAUGAAAUGAUCAGACAUUCACAUUUUGAUUUCAUGAUACAUUUUGGAUUGUUUACUGAAUUUUAACCAAACCCUGGAGUGAUUUUUUUGACACUGACACUGUACAGGGUGAAAAGACAAAAUAAUCAGAGAAACACAAUAUUGUGAUUAACAAAUUCAGUACAGUUUUGUAAUCACUCAUAACCAGGAACCAGAGCUUCAAAA